CGCACAGCACCCCAUGAUUAACGAUGACUUACCCAACCGGAUACUGGCCGGUUAUGUCCAGGUUAAGACUAAUAUUGAAAGGUUUACCCCAAAUGGAGUUAUAUUUGAAGGCGAAACCGAUGAAACUCCAUGCGAUGCGGUAGUGAUGGCCACUGGAUAUGAGUUGUGCUACCCUUUCAUAUCCUCAGACACCCUACCCAUCAGUAAAUCGGACUUUAAUCUCUAUAAACACGUGUUUUAUGCCAAUCACUCGCACGCGCACACACUGGCCAUAAUAGGGUGCGUACAGCCGGGCGGUGCCAUACCUCCCAUCGCCGAACUACAGGCGCGAUGGUUCGCUCAACUGAUGGCCAGUCACGUUAAACUGCCAUCAAAAGCGAAAAUGUUUUCGGAUAUCAAGCGACGGAACCGUUGGGUGCGGAAGAGGUUCUUCAACGCCAGUCGGUGUGCGCUGGAAGAGGAUUGGGUCCCAUAUAUGGAUGACUUGGCCUCCAUUUUGGGG